AGGACUUGAGGAAACCAGGUCUGGAUGUUUCAGAGGACCUGAGGAGACCAGGUCUAGAUGUUUCAGAGGACCUGAGGAGACCAGGUCUGGAUGUUUCAGAGGACUUGAGGAGACCAGGUCUGGAUGUUUCAGAGGACUUGAGGAGACCAGGUCUGGAUGUUUCAGAGGACUUGAGGAGACCAGGUGUGGAUGUUUCAGAGGACUUGAGGAGACCAGGUCUGGAUGUUUUAGAGGACUUGAGGAGACCAGGUCUGGAUGUUUUAGAGGACUUGAGGAGACCAGGUCUGGAUGUUUCAGAGGACCUGAGGAGACAAGGUCUGGAUGUUUCAGAGGACCUGAGGAGACCGGGUCUGUAUGUUUCAGAGGACCUAAAGAGACCGGGUCUGGAUGUUUCAGAGGACUUGAGGAGACCAGGUCUGGAAGUUUCAGAGGACCUGAGGAGACCAGGUCUGGAUGUUUCAGAGGACCUGAGGAGACCGGGUCUGGAUGUUUCAGAGGACCUGAAGAGACCGGGUCUGUAUGUUUCAGAGGACCUGAAGAGACCGGGUCUGGAUGUUUCAGAGGACUUGAGGAGACCAGGUCUGGAUGUUUCAGAGGACCUGAGGAGACCAGGUCUGGAUGUUUCAGAGGACUUGAGGAGACCAGGUCUGGAUGUUUCAGAGUACUUGAGGAGACCAGGUCUGGAUGUUUCAGAGGACUUGAGGAGACCGGGUCUGGAUAUUUCAUAGGACUUGAGGAGACCGGGUCUGGAUGUUUCAGAGGUCUUGAGGA